CCAACAGAGGACAACCACACAAAAACAUCACAACUCUAGAUCUAAAAUCUAAGGGAGAGGUAGCCAAACUGAUUACUGGUCAUUGUAGUGGUUAUGGCAAAACUACUUGGUUUGCUCUUGAUCAUUGCUUCUGUUCUUGUUGUGACGGCUCAAGAUUGUACCGUCGAUCUACAAGGGCUAAUCCGAGAGUGCAAACAAUAUGUGAUGUUUCCGGCAAACCCAAAGAUAACUCCUUCAGAUGCAUGUUGUAGUGUUGUCCACAAGGUUGAUGGACCAUGCAUAUGCUCCAAGGUCACAAAGGAGAUCGAGAAGGUGGUAUGCAUGGAUAAGGUCGUGUAUGUUGCUGAUUACUGCAAGAACCCACUCAAACCAGGCUCCGUUUGUGGCAGUUACCAUGUCCCAUCUCUAGGCUGAUAGAUGGAUGCUAUGUAUCUAGUAAUCAAAGGAGAAAUGAUGUUUAGUUCCUAGGUCUUUACCUUGACCGGAUUCCGAUUUUCGAUCUGCGAUGUGAGGUUAAGUUCAUGUUGAGAAAUUCAUAGGGAAUGUGGACAGUAGCUGGGUGGAAGAUCCAUCAAUGUAUGAGUAUAUCAAUAAAUAUUUCUCCUCAAAUUAUAUGCA